UCUGACUGCGCAGCGGCCGCCAGGUGCUCAAACAGACACUUGAAGACCACAAAAAAUGCUCUUUUCCCGAGAGGUAAUACAACCAUUUGUAAACAUAAUUUCUCUCUGAUAGCUGCAGACUGGAAUGCUCCAUCCUUUUAUCACGUCCCUGUCGCUUUAAAGCUCCAGACAAAACGACCCAUAUGAUUUUCGACCUCCAAUCAUCAUCUUCAUCAUCAUCAUCAUCACCGCUCUUCUCAUGCGGACAUGGCGAAAAAGCACAGCUGUCUGAGAAGAAGAGUGGAUAUAUAAAUGACAGCGGUUUUCCUGCAAACGGAGCGGUGAAAUGCUGAGCAGAGCAGCCGCUUCUCCUUCGAGGCAGAGACCGCUGGAUCAUCAUGCUGAUUGUGGAGAAGACUGCCGAUCACCCGUCUGUGGAGUUCUCCAUCGUUGAAGACGUGGCCCUUCACUGCACCUUUUUGAUGGACAGGCUGAACGAGCAGCGUCUCUUCCAACCAGACCUGUGUGACGUGGACAUCGUCCUCCUUCACCAUCACACGUCCUUCCAGGCUCACAAGGGCGUCCUUGCAGCCUUCAGCCCAUUCUUCCACUCGCUCUUCGCCUCUAGUAAAGACCUGAGGCGUGUGGAGCUUUCGCUGGAUGCCCUCAAACCCCAAGGCCUACAGCAGAUCCUCAACUUCAUCUACACCUCCAGGCUGCUGGUCUCCGGCAGCAAUGCUCAGGAUGUCCUGAGAGCUGCCACGGUGCUCCAGAUGAGCAACAUUGCUACAUCCUGCAGCGAACUCAUCUCCAGAGGCACGCUGGAGAUCAGUGUCAAAGAUCAGCAAAACAAACCUGAGGGCAACUGGAGCGAUUCGGUGAGGGACAUCAAGCAGGAGAAGGACACGACGUGUGCCAGGAUCUGCGGAGGGAAGAGUGAAGGAAACCCGUAUGCGGUUCAGGUUGCCGAUUUGCAAUCGGUGCAAGGAAGUAUUUGUAAAGUGGAAGGGAAGGAAACGAGGGACCCUGAGGAUGCUGAUUCGUUUAACGGAGAGCAGAUUAUCGUGGAGUUGAAUCUGAAUAACCAGACUCUGAAUGUGUCGAAAGGUUUGGAUGGAAGCUCAGCUGCUCAGUCUCCAUCAGGACAGCAGCUUUCUGGAAAAGAGAAGAGUAGUGAUGGGACUUUUAAAGAAUCAAGAAACAAUGUGACUUUGGAGGAGGGGGAAGAGGAGGAGGAGGGUGAGCAAAGUGAAGAUGAGGAUGACGAUGAAGAUGUAAGACUUGAAGGCACUAGUGAAGAUGAAGGUGAGUCUGUUUUUAUGUCAGAAAUGAAGAGCCCGGCUUCUGCUCCACUGGUCUCCAAGAGGAGCUGUGCGAGAGCGAGGCAAGAGACGGAUCAUGGCGAGGAGCAUCUGGAUCAGGAUGGCUUUGAGAGCUUCAGCUGUGUAAGGUGCCCAAAGACAUUCAAUAACCGCUGGUACCUGGAGAAACACAUGAACAUCACACAUAGGCGCAUGUGUGUCUGUGAGAAGUGUGGCAAACGCUUCCUCCUGGAGAGCGAGUUACUGCUGCAUCAGCAGACCGACUGCGAGAAGAGCAUACAGUGUCUGACUUGUGGAAAAGCCUUUAGAAAGCUCUGGUCGCUUCAUGAGCACAAUAAAAUCGUUCAUGGCUACGCCGAGAAGAAGUACACUUGUGAGAUCUGUGAGAAGAAAUUCUACACGAUGGCUCAUGUACGCAAGCACAUGGUCGCCCACACAAAAGAGAUGCCAUUCACCUGCGAGACCUGUGGCAAGUCCUUUAAAAGGAGCAUGUCUCUGAAGGUCCACUCGCUCCAGCAUUCAGGAGAAAAACCUUUCCAGUGUGAGGUGUGCAGUGAGCGUUUUCAGUAUAAAUACCAGCUGCGCUCUCACAUGAGCAUCCACAUCGGACACAAGCAGUUUAUGUGUCAGUGGUGUGGGAAGGAUUUCAAUAUGAAACAGUAUUUCGAUGAACACAUGAAGACGCACACAGGAGAGAAACCGUAUAUAUGUGAGAUCUGUGGAAAGAGUUUUACAAGUCGACCAAAUAUGAAGCGGCACCGGCGUACACACACUGGAGAGAAGCCUUACCCCUGUGAAGCCUGCGGUCAGCGUUUCCGCUUCUCCAACAUGCUGAAAACCCACCGUGAGAAGUGUUUGCAGGUCAGAAACCCUCUGCUACUGGACUCCUCCACUAUUGCCAAUCACACAAACCAGGACCUGCUGACGGGGAUGGAGACACUGAGGGACGUCAGCCCACAGCUGCACGGCAUGGUCUCUUUUCCAUCAUCUGUGCUUCACUCGGUUGAAGGAGCACCGUCAAAUUCUCAUCUGCGUUCUGUUAUUCCGCUCUUUUCCACUGGAAGGACAGACUCAAGGAUCCUGUAAUGACUGCUUUGUGUUUUUAUAAUUUUUCAUUGCGAGUUUGACAUUUCAUGUUAGUCUUGUCUGUUUUUAUGAGUGUUAUUCUGAAAUUCCUGCCAUUCCCAUAUUGAUGGAGUCGUCUGUGCUUUCAUAGUUAGACAAACAAGUAUUAAGGAAAAUGCUAAAGGUAUUACCCAGAGUACUAAAUGUUUGACAUUUACACUUUAAUAUGCAGUAUAUUUGUAGAAUAAUAAAUAAGACUAACGCAUAUUCAUCAUGGCUAGUCUUUUUAACAUUAAACCUAUUAAACACAGGCCAAUAACUGGCAGAGUGCAGUCAGGGUUUUACAUCCAGAAGCUGUCCCAUACAGACCCAGACCUACAGCCUAGAGAGGUCUGUGGAGGAUUGUUUGUUUUGUUUUUUAUUCUGCUCCCGCUGGGCCCUGUACAGCUUUCUUCUUUGAGUGAAAAUGACUUCAUCGCAAGUUUCUGGCUUACACUAGGCCUACCAAAUAUAAAAAAUAUAAUAAAACAUAAUACAAAUGUUAA